AUGACAUACCAACUCCCAGAAGGAAUCCCGCAGACAUCCCCAAAGGAUACCAACAGCUUCGCAUAUGCAAGUGUCGUGCGUAGAUGGCCUUCCAUUAUCACAAACGUUAUCGACUCUGUCUACCAAUCAAACGCGCUCGAUAGGAGCGCCUCCGACGACAAGCUCCAAGACGGUAAAGCCAUCAUCCAGCAAUUGUCCAAACUGCGCCAUGAGAUGGGCAGGGACCAGCCUUUAUCCGACAUUGAAGACACUAGCGCUGCCAACACUCAUAUUUACAACGAUGAGCUUAGAGUGCUCGAGAAACACUCGGAUAACACGUGGUUCACCGCCCCUUGGCUUUUCGCUGAAUGCUACAUGUACGCAAGAAUAAGGAGCUACUUCAGCAACAGCACCUACUUCCAGCAAUACGAUCCUUUCAAGAAAUCUAAAGACGAUACUUUCAAAUCAUCAAAAGCCUCAGUUUUCCAAUUGGCGAGGGCUCAGCAGCAGCUCAUCACAAACACCACAAAACCAACACAUGUCGACGAGAGCAUCGAGAUUAUGUUUCUAGAGAUGCUCCAGAUGUGCUUGUGGGGAAACGCAACUGACUUGAGUCUAUUGGUUGAUCUCGAUUACGCCGAUGUACAGAAAUUACAAGCUGUUGGAAAGAAGGCGCUGGAGGAAAGCUUCAAGAAGAUUAUCAAGAACGACAUACCACGUUUGUGGCAGUAUAUCUCCACUAAACGCGGUGGCAGAAUCGAUUUCGUCCUCGAUAACGCAGGCUACGAGCUCUACACUGACCUGAUUCUCGCCGAUUACUUGGUGAACUGCACUCCGUUCGCUGACACGGUCGUCUUCCACCCGAAGACAAUCCCAUGGUUUGUUUCUGACGUGCUGCCGGCGGAUACACCUGCGCUUCUCAACCAGCUCCUCAACGCCAAAGACUUCUUCGGCGAAGACAGCCAGGAGGUUGUCGACCUGGGCGAGAGGUGGAAGAAGAUGUUCGAUGACGGCACGUUCAAGAUGUCGGUCCCAGCUGAUUACAAACUAGGCACACCCUCGAACGCCGACUUUUGGUGCACGCCUUACAGCUACCCCCAAAUGCCUGACAAGGCCGCCAGCUUGGUAAGCGACCUGCAGAAGUCUAACCUCGUUAUAUUCAAGGGUGAUCUCAACUACCGCAAGCUGACGUCGGACGCGCUGUGGGACCCGACUACGCCGUUCCAGACCGCCCUCGGCCCGCUUGCCGGCCAAUUCCCUCUCCUCAGUCUGCGCACGAACAAGGCAGAUGUCAUCGUCGGCUUGGAGAGGGACGUCGUCGACACCAUGCAGAGGGAGCACCCGGACUACCGCAUCAGCGGUAAGUUUGCAGUCGUCUCAUUUGUCUGUUGA